CGUCGUGAGUGACUUUGCUUCUAGCCUCCUGGAGGGAAAAGCCAGAAAUGGCGCCUCGGAGCAGAACGACUGAAUGACUGAAUGACUGGACACGGCGAUGGGGUUCUCCUGCAGCCCCGCGCCUGGCAGCGCUGCUCAGCUGAACUCGCGGCGAUUCCGCCGAUGAUCAAUCAAUCCCUCCAGCCUUGGCCGCACGCCCGCCAAACAGUGUCUCUCGUCUUCUUCUCUUCCUCCCUCUCUUUUCUUCCUUCGCCCUAAUCUUUCCCUCUUGGCUGUCUCUUGCUUUUACAUCCCCGUGCUCAAGUUUAGCCUUGACUCUAAUCGCGACUCUUUCUAUCCAGCCCUCUCUUUGUGGGUCGUCUGCUGUCGCAUUUGUCGCACUUGGCGCACUUGUCGAACCUAUCGCACUCGUGCUGGUCCAUUCCCCAGCCUUGAUCCAUGUCGCUCCACGUUGGCGACCCACGGUCGCGAGGCCGUUCCAAGUCUCCAAGCGGCCAUAUCCGCGAGCGUUCCAAAUCUCGCGACCCUCGCCUUCCGACCGGCCAAGACACCCAUAGGUACCUCGCCUCCGAGUUCGUGGAUGGGAAGCGACACUCGAGAUCCAGAAGCAGAGGCGCGAGUCCAGGCGGUCCUAAUCCACCCGGUUCACGGUAUGGUCCUACCGGGCCCGAGUUCCAGUCCGAUGGACGGGCCCCCUACUUGCGAGUUCAACAGGGCCGCGAUUACUAUUACCAAUCCGAUUCUGGCGACAGCAAAGGUGCCAGGCGCGACAACAAGCAGUACCCCCCUCCACCUCACCGCCGGUCUGUUCAUUACGACAGCUAUUCAGACCACUCCUACUCCGAUUCGGACGAAGAUGGGCUUGCAUACGGUGACCUACCUGGAGAGCCAGUGCGAAGCUUUUAUGGGAUCACAGGCACUUCUCGCCCCCAAUCUGCGGGUCGCGAUGGUGCCAUGAUGUCCGGGGCUCUGAACGGCGACGCCUCCUACAGCAAUAAGUCAUCGCGCCCCAAUGGUCCUUCAAAGGAGGAAAUCACAGAUAACCACCCCGGCUACGCGAGACCCGAGCCCUUCCAGUAUACCCACGUACAACCAGGCUCGUCCCAGUACAGCGGUCAUCCUGCGUCAUCCACCGUUCCAUCCAACUGGGAACCUAUCCCGGAGUGUGAGAAGCCGGGCUUUGUGCCGCCGACAUCGCAGGGGCAAAGCCAAACCAUGCCUGGAGCAUUUCCACUUCCUACCACCAGCCAUCCAGAUGUGCCUGCGACGACCGCAGCAGCCGCAUUUUCGUCCACGCGUUACGUGACUCCGGAAGGGCUGCAGAAUCCGUAUGCGUCCUGGAAUAGUCGCCCACUUUCGAUGCCUGGUAGCAAUGUAUAUACUCCAGUGACUUCAACCCAUCAACGCACUGCUUCGAGUGACGCGGCCGUUAAAGCCCCCUACGCUGCCCCGCCUCCGUACCAAUAUGCACACAUUGACCCCAACCUCAAGUUUACUUCCAAGAGUGCAGGAGAAACUCCAGCCAAACCGCUUUCGUAUUCGGCAGCGCCUCAGUACUCGACCAAAACUGGUGCUAGCCAAGCGAAAGAACCACAAUACGUUGGAAUUAAGCAUUCUGCUAAUCCCCAAUUCUCCAAGACUUCAUCAACCCGUCCGGACAGCGGACCCCAGUACGUCGAGAUUAUGCCAGGGAACCGAGCCACCAGUCGCCCGCAUAGUCACUCCGUUUCUUCCGCCAACAACCUCUCGGUCGCUCGCCCUGACCCUACCCAUCGGCCUGCCAGCCCCAUGCUAGAACCAUACAAAGGGACGUACCAGACUAUCUCCCCAAUGCCAUCGCCUAUAGUCGUGGUUCCCAAAUUGGACGAGGAUAUAUCCGAUAUAGAGCCUCUGGGAGAUGAGUCAGACGGGGGACUAAGGGAACACAGGCGAAAGAAAUUCAGGGACGGGAAAGACCGCAAGGGAUUGACUACCGACCAUGUAAAGAGAGAGAGCAGCCGCGUGCGGUACGAGCAGCGUGGUUCCACCGGGUCGGAGUCUCUCGUUGUGAUUUCCCCCAGCAGCAGCCGGAAGCGGGUGAGUUUCUAUGAUGCGGGGCAGGACGCAAUGGCGCUUCAGGAAGCCCUGUCACAUACACUGCAUACCGACAACAAGGCCCUAAUCCGCGUGCUGCCGCAUUUAACCGGUGAGGAGGUCUUGGAGCUACGCAAGGAGUACAAGAAGCACGUGAAGCUCCACGGGAAGGGCGUCAACAUAGCUAAGCAUAUCCGGCUGAAGCUGGGAAAUGGGGCAUUUGGGAAAGUGUGUUAUGCAACGGCUCUUGGCCGCUGGGAGUCGGAAGCCUUCUGGGCAAACUGUUAUUACCAGUCGAGCACCUCCAGGCGUGAACUUCUGAUCGAGUCUCUCUUCGGUCGCACUAACAGCGAGAUCCGCGAGAUCAAAGAGUGCUUCCGGGACUCACGAUACCAGAACAGCCUGGAGAAGUGUAUGAAGGCAGAGUUGAAGGCCGACAAGUUCCGCUUGGCGGUGCUCAUUGCCUUGGAAGAGCGUCGCCAGAGCGAGCGCGAUAUUAUCGAUAUGAAUCUGGUGGACCACGAUGUUGAAGAGCUCCAUCGAGCUCUAAUCACGCCCCACGGAGGCGAAACGGCGAUGAUUUGUAUCAUUGUCCGGCGGAGCGAUUCACACCUGCGGGAGGUGCUGCGUGCCUACAAGAAAAUGUACGGCCACAAUUUUGUUACGGCCAUGAUGGGCAAAUCUCAAAACCUUGUGGGCGAGACUCUCGCACACAUUCUCAAUGGGGCCAUCAACCGGCCCAUGCGUGAUGCUCUCCUGCUGCACCAAGCCCUUCGCGAGUCUCGAACGGGCAAGGAGCGGUCGGAGCUCCUGAUCUCGCGUCUGGUCCGGCUGCACUGGGAACCACGGCACCUAGAGCGUGUGAAGAGCGACUUCCGGCGGCGCUACGGCCAGCGACUGGAAGACGCGAUUGCGGAAGAGGUGCUGACCAGCAGUGGAGGAAGUGAGUGGGGGGAAUUUUGCAUCGAGCUGGCCCGGGGCUCAAAAGUCCUGGCCAGCCGCAGCUGAGGAUGCUCUCCACGCCUUGAGUUUGACGAUCCACAUGGGAGAGAGGGAUGGGCUGUAUCCUACUUUGCCAUGAGCGUAUGUAAUGAUGGUUAUGAUGAUAACGACGACCAUGAUGAUGAUGAUGAUAACAAUGAUGAUGAUGACGAAGAAGAAGAAGAAGAUAUUGGUCUGAAGAGGU